AUGUUAUCCACACUCACCCUUCUCACCAUCUUCGCCACUGUCCAAGGCGCAAGUCUAUUGCCUCGCGGCAUGACUUGCAGAGACGUUCUCAUACCUACCGUUGUCAAUACAUCUAACGACUACAUCGAUCCCACCAUUAAUUCUCAAGCUAAAGCUCGUAGCUGGAUGCAAAAGGUCGAUUCACACCGUAUUAACUCUACUGAAGAAGUCGACAUCAACGAUAAAUUCAACAUUGCAGCACGCUACUGCGAGCCCGAAGUAAAAAAUCCUUCACGCGCAAAUACAAUUCAGUUACUUGUUCAUGGUAUUACCUACACCAAAAACUAUUGGUCUGGGUUAGGUCCACCAGGCGAAGGAUAUAAUGGUGAUAGUUACUCGUGGAUUGCAUAUGCUUCCAAACAAGGCUAUCCUACUUUGUCAAUCGACCGACUCGGGAACGGCGACUCCGACCGACCCGAUGGUAUCGCUGCCGUUCAGAUGAGCUCGCACGUGGAAGUAGCCGAGUCCCUUGUUAACACACUCAAAAAUAGUACAGUUGCCGGUCGCCGGUUUGAGAAGGUUAUAUAUGUCGGCCAUUCAUACGGUUCACUCAUCGGAAAUCUACACUCUGUUCAUUAUCCCGACUCGGUUGAUUCUUAUGUGCUCACUGGCUUCUCUAAGAAUAUACGUGCAUCUCUUACCCCGACACUUAUUACUGGUGACUUCAGGCCAGCUCGCAUGGCCUACCCAGAGAAGUGGGGAGGGCAAACGCUCUCUUAUUUCGCAGCCUCGAGUGAGUCCGGCGCGGACGGACUCUUUUUUACUGAUGAAACCGUUGAUCCAAACCUCAAGGCACUCAAUUUCCGGCAGCGCGGUACAGUUACAGUUGGCGAGUUUGUAAGUGGGUAUGAGAGUAUUCAGGUCGCCACAAAUUAUCAUGGUCAUGUCUUUGUGUUAACCGGCAAGAACGACGCUAUAUUUUGCUCACCGGACGAUUUUGGACAAGGCACCCUAAGCGGCCGUGGCGACUGUGGUACCGGCGAGGACAGCAUAAUUGCCAAGACGAGAGAGUUAUAUCCUGCUGCUGUUGACUACAGCUACUCGACACCAGAAAAUACCGGACACUGUAACAUCCUGCAUCUGAACGCGCAGGAACAGUUCGCCACUGUUCAUAACUGGCUCGCACGCUUUUAUUAA